AUGCUAAAUAUCUCUCUGUUACAGGCAGGAAACAUCUACAUAGCAGACUAUGCAGUACUGGAGGGAGUGCAAGCCAAUGCCACAGACCCAGAUACCCAGCAGUAUUUGGCUGCUCCCUUCUGCCUGCUGUACAAGAACAGCCAGAAUGAAAUCAUACCGAUUGCUAUUCAGCUCAGCCGUCAGACCACCGCAGGGGUGGGGAACACAGUCUUUCUCCCGAGCGAUAAUCAGUACGACUGGAUGCUGGCCAAGAUGUGGGUGAAAUGCUCCGACUUCAAUGUACACCAGCUGGAAACACACCUUCUCAGGACGCAUCUGACCUCUGAGGUUUUUGCCAUAGCCAUGUACAGACAGCUCUCUGCAGUCCAUCCCAUAUACAAG